AUGUCUGGUAAAGCAAAUGCUUCUAAGAAAAAAUCUCAACGGAUGAAAAGAAAUGUAAAACAAAGAGCUGAUAAAGAAGAUGAGGAAGUGGAUUCACCAGAGAAUGGGGUUGGAAACAGAGCGAAAAGAAACAGAAGUCAUGCAGGACAUCUGUCCUCUAAAGUAACAGAACAAACAAAAUGUGUUCAUCUAAAACGGGUGAAAAUAUCAUCCAAGAAGAGAACAACCUGGCAACCUCUUCCAAAGAAUACUGAAGAGUAUUUGCAAAGUAUGAUGGACUCAGCAAUUCUUGGAAUUUUAAACAAAAACAUUAAAAGAAAAGAACAAAUUCAGUAUCAUCUCGACCAGUUGAAGAAAAGAUUUCUGCAACAGUGUGCAACACUGAAAGUCCCCCCAGGAAAGCUCAACUAUUUAAGAGAUAUGUCAAAGCUGCUGAAAAUGGAAAGGGAACAGGAAAGGGCGAAUGAGGAGAGCCUGGCUUCACUGCAGGAAGAAAUAGACAAAAUAGUAGAGACCACAGAGUCAAUGACUGAGAAUAUUCAAAGCCUAAAGACCAAAAUUCAAAUCCUAACAAAUGAAGUAGAGGAAGAGGAACAGGAGAUGAAAGAGGUAUUUCACAUAGAUAGCAAUAAAGUAUUGGCUCUUCCAGAACUUUCUCAGAAAAGUCUUAAAGCACCUAUACUUCAGAAAGAAAUUUUAACACUAAUUCCAAACCAGAAUGCUCUUCUGAAGGACUUGGAUGUUCUUCAGAAUUCAGCCCCAGGGAAGAACAUGGCAGCAUUCAUUCAAGAAGCGUAUAUGAAACUUACUGGCUCCUAAAGAGUUGGUUUUUGUUUUGGUGUUUAAGCCUUGUUCCAUGUUAACUUAUUGUUCAUGAAUUGUAAAACUUUUAUCUUUUUAUGACAGUCUCUCACUCUGUUUGUAGCCUAGCUGGCUCAGCACUUACUCUUGUCUCCAACUUUGGCCUUGAACUCACAGCAGUCCUGCCCCAGCAUUGUGAGUGCUAGGAUUACAGGUGUGAGUUUCACAUCUGGCCCAAAGGUGUGCAACUUACCUGUAUUAAUACUUCCAAGCUGAUGUCUCUGCAGAACAAUUACCCUCUGUUAUCUACUUUAAACUAGACUUUAUGGGCUUAUCAUUAGUAUCUAAUGUACUGAAAACAUAGCAGUCACCAAAUCUAGGAAAUCCAUAGAGAGAGAGAGAGAUUUCCUAAAACCAUGCACUGAGAAUUAUUUUCAAAAAUAAAAAAAAUGUCAUGAUGUAAUA